UGCAGUAGUCCCCGCAAAUCGACAUGACGCUAAGUCUAGAAAUCUCAGUCGCUUUGAAAAUCGAACAACGUUUUCGAUCAUCAGACAACAAAGGCUCUUUCAUUUCUGGAGUCAUCGACGACGCAGUGACAGCAAUACGAGAAGAUCCAGCAAUUACCGCGAGUCAAGCCUCUCACCCCCUCUGCCUAACAGAUGAAUUACGCGAUGGUUUAGCACAAGCUCGAGGUCUCUCUUUGGAUGGAAAGCACGCUGAAGCAUUGGAGACGCUACGGAAAUUAGUAACAGAGAAUCCCAAGUGGCAGGAGGCUCACGAGUUGAAAGGUAGGGCUUUGGAGGGAGUGGGUCAACAAAGUGAGGCUGCUUCAGCUUAUUUGUCGUCGUUGGCUUUGGAUGUAGAGAAUGUGGGCACCAGAGAACAACUGAAUAAGAUCUUCUCUUCUUUGCUUCCAUUUUCUGGAGCAGACAAAGAAGCAGAUUUGGGCUUUAUUGUGACCAAAGCAGUCGACAUCUCAAGGCAAGCUCUCAAAGACCUCAUAUAUAGAGUCCCUGCUCCCGAUCCCGAUAUUCCUGAAGACAAUCCGGAAGAUGACAUUCCAAUUUAUGUGUUGUCAGUUGCCUUCCCGAAUGUGACCCAAACUUUACAUAUGUAUGAGCAGCGAUAUCAGCUGAUGGUUCGCCGGUGCAUGGAUGGCACGAAAGAGUUUGGAGUGUGUGAAACUUCAAACACAGAAUCGUUUGUUCCCUAUGGAACAACUGUAACAAUCAACAAAGCUGAUUUUAGUUUUGGCGGAGUAGUACAACUUGAAGCAGAAGGAACUAGACGAUUCAAGGUACUUCGUCACAGUAUGCAGGACGGGUACCAUGUAGCUCGUGUCAAGUUUUUCUCAGAUGUCAAAGAACGUGAAGGAAUUGAAGAGCUGAAGACGUUAUAUGACGCUGUCUACAGAGAAGUUCGUGAAUGGUUUAACAACCUCCCUUCAGAUGUUAGGGAUCGAUUCAAAGAGAACCACGGCGACAUGCCCCAGUUUGAGGAAGACCCUCAGGCUAGAGACGACGGAGCUGCGUGGGUAUGGUGGGCAUUCGGCGCCAUGCGUGACCAAUACGAGCCACAGGAUAUACUCAAGUCAACAUCGCUACGACAACGGUUACUCAAAGUUCAAGACUUGCUCCAAGAACAGAAGCGUCUUAGCGAAAUGUGUCCUCAGCAAUAG